AUGGCGUCGGAGUGGGAAAUGGCCAUGGGGGUGGAUCUCGGCAUGGGAAUGGGCACAUACCACCACAACGCCUCCAGCAUCACCACGGCGCCGAUGAGCAGUCACCACAGCGGCGGCGCCUGCUACUCCACGGCGCACCACCACCAUUACUACGGGAUGCCGCCCAUGGGCGACGCCAUGAGCGUGGACGACCUCUCCACCGGCGCUGGCGCCCACGAGUUCUUCCCCACCGCGGCCACUGACAAGCAGGGACACCACUCGGGGGCCAUGGUGGGUGAACCAUCACCCACCGCCAACUCGUCGGAUCACCAGACGUCGUCGCUCCUCUCCUUCGCCGAUGAGUUCUACAUACCCAGAGAGGAAGCUGCCGAGCUGGAGUGGCUAUCCAAGUUCGUGGACGACUCCUACUCCGACAUGCCGAAUUACUCAUCGGCCGCGCAUGCCGCAGUGGCAGCGGCUGCGGCUGCUAACACGGCAGGCAAUGGAGAAGGCACUUCGGCCGGUCAAGACAGCUGCGUCACCACGGCGCCUGGCCGCGGCGCGCGUAGCAAGCGGUCCGGCCGCGCGACCGCCGCGGCUUCCGCGGCGUGGCACUCCCUCGUGCCGCGCCCACCAUCGCAGUCGUCUCCAUUAUCAUCGUCCUGCUCGUCGUCUUCGGACUUUCCGUCGUCGUCGAACAAGCCGGCACGCCCGAACGGCGGCAACCGCGGCAACAAGAGCCCGGGCGGGGCCGCGGCUGGGGAGGUGGGCAUGGACGAGGGCGGCGUGCGUCGGUGCACGCACUGCGCGUCGGAGAAGACGCCGCAGUGGCGGUCGGGGCCGCUGGGCCCCAAGACCCUGUGCAACGCGUGCGGCGUGCGGUUCAAGUCCGGACGGUUGAUGCCUGAGUACCGGCCGGCGGCCAGCCCCACCUUCGUGCUCACGCAGCACUCCAACUCGCACCGCAAGGUCGUGGAGCUGCGCCGCCAGAAGGAGCUCAUCCUCAUCCGCGGAAGCCACCGUGACGCCGCGGCGGCGGCGGCGGCUGCAGGAUCCGGCGAGCCGGGGCCGGAGCUCAUGUUCCGUGACUACGGCGUGUAUUAG